UCAUUUUCGGAGUUUUCGCAGGGUGGCAGAUGGUGUAGGAGGAUGGAGAGACUAUGGAGUUGACCCAUCUCAGUUCUCAGGGACUUUAAUGCGAACGUGUGAACGUUUAGUAAAAGAAGGACGGUUUGUACCAAGUAAUCCCAUUGGAAUUCUUACCACAAGCUACUGUGAGUUGCUACAAAAUAAAGUACCUUUGCUUGGUAGCAGCACUGCCUGCAUUGUGGUGCUGGACAGAACUAGCCACCGCUUACACACGGCGAACCUGGGUGAUUCCGGCUUUCUAGUUGUCAGGGGUGGCGAGGUCGUGCAUCGAUCAGAUGAGCAGCAGCAUUACUUCAACACUCCAUUCCAGCUCUCAAUCGCUCCCCCGGAAGCUGAGGGAGUCGUAUUGAGUGACAGCCCGGAUGCUGCUGAUAGCACCUCUUUCGAUGUCCAGUUAGGAGACAUUAUCCUGACGGCGACAGAUGGACUCUUUGACAACAUGCCUGAUUAUAUGAUCCUUCAGGAGCUAAAAAAGUUAAAGAAUUCAAAUUAUGAGAGUAUACAACAGACUGCAAGAAGCAUUGCUGAGCAAGCUCAUGAGCUGGCAUAUGACCCGAAUUAUAUGUCACCUUUUGCACAGUUUGCAUGUGACAACGGCUUGAAUGUGAGAGGUGGAAAGCCCGAUGACAUCACCGUCCUUCUCUCAAUAGUGGCGGAGUAUACAGACUGACUCACCCAGCUGUCCACUCCUGCCUUCCCUCCUCAUCCCACUUGUCCCUGCCAUGUGUGCUGAUCCUGCUGGCAGGAACGCGUUUCUUUGCCACUGAUCUCAAUGGCCAGUGAUGUAAGCCUUUUGCCUGUCUUUUUGAGACCCGUUGAGAUCUUUGUUGAGAACCACUACUAUUCACUAGCUUGUAUCUGCCAGCAACAACUGAAGAGGUACAAGAUUUGAAGACUGGCCUUCAUUUCUCAUGGAGAUUUUCAAAGCCUGUUACUUUUCAAAGGCUAUUACUUUUCAAAAGCAGUUGAAAUACUGAAAAUGAGUAAUGUUGGUAAAGUGAAUUCAAAAUUACAGCAAGUUAAAGGGAUUUUAAAGUAUAACACAAAUCGUAUGUAAUGAUACGUCUACUAAAAAACAUACAUCAUUCAUCAAAAGAAACGUUACACAUAUACUCCAUAGGCGUUGUCUUUGUAAUGAUGAUUGGGUGUGGCAUUAUGUUUUCAUUAUAAACUCCUAUUUUCCAGGAGUUUAUGAUUCUGCUCUAAAACUGUUCUGGGUUAUGAAACUUUGAUCCCCAGAGCUUUUUAGUUACAAAUUGGAAGAAAAGUUAAUUUUAGUUUUAUGGUUGCAAAUGUUGUGUGCUUUUAAAAAGAUGCUUGUGUUCCUGUGAUUACAGUUUUGGCAGUUUAUGGAUUAGUCCACAGCACAGGCUGGUGGCCUGAUCUAGAGGAGAGGGUGAGGAAGGAGACACCUUACCAAAAAUUUUUAAUGGAAAUACUAUUCAAGGUUAUAAAUCUCCUCAAAGCCUAGAAUUUACUGUUAUGGCUGAAGAUUUUCCCUGCUGUCGGAAAGGAUACCCUGGAUGGGAUCUCUAGGCUCCAGGCCUGAUGGGUUGAGAACAGACAGCUGUAGCUAGAAAGUUCACUGGCUUUGACAGUCUGCUGCCCAUCACACCCUCCGACCUUCCCUUAGGGGCCCUGCUUUCCUAGAGCAUGCACCGAAUUCACUGCAGACACUUGGCACACGCACCGUACAAAGUACAGUGGCCACCAUACAAAGCCCACGAGGAAAACUAGUGAUGAUCUGACAUUGCUUACCCCAAGCAGAAAUGUAGGGUUUUCUGAAUCAAGCUUAAUGUUUACAGUUUCCGAAUAGCCAUUUGCAGUGUAUAGUUUCUUUAUAAAACUACCCCACAUUCAAUUUCCCAUUACCUACAAGCUCAAACUUAUUUUUAAGGUUUGUGUACAAGUUGACUGCUGUAAAGAUAUAUAUUUUUGGGUCAGUUUUUUCCUUCAUUAACUUGGUGGUAGAAAAAAUAUAUAUAUAGAUAUACUUAGAAACCCUUAAAUUAAAGCCAUGUUUUCUAUGAGUCAGGUAACAUUGGUGUAUAGAUGAGAAUGCAAUUAAACCUGAUGAGCAUCUACUUGAGGACAUAGAAAGUCUUUUCUCUAAAGGAGAGACUGACUCCCUGGUUUAUUGCAUUAAAACUUACGUUUGAGGUUACCUCAAUUUGUUUUAAAAGAUUUUGUUUUGUGAAACUGUACUGUAUAUUUGAGUAACUGUUGAGCUUUUGUUUUAUUUAAAAUUGUUUAACAUGUACCAUGUACAUGUCAUUACUAUAUUUCAAUGCAUCAUGCUUGUAACAGGCAUUUCAUUUAUAAUAAGAAUGAGUUAUUCAUUUGUAAGCCGUUCAGUAAUUUAUGUACUAUUCCUAAAUUGGCAUAAUGUUAGAUACCUAUUUUGAAUCACCUUUAAUUACACGUCAGAAUGCCUUAACUACCCUAACUUGACAAAAGCGAAUUUUUUGGUAGAGGAGAAUGGGGGCAGGGUGGGGGGUGGAGGGAAACUCUGUUUCAGUAAGGAGAAAUAAUCAUGCUCUGAUCGAACAGGAAGCAUGAGGGGCAAGUUGUGGGGUAUUUAUUUUGCACAAACUGUUUGCAGUCUCUGUGUAUUUAAAAAGUAAAGUUGCAUCCAGAAAGUGUUUGUUAAAAGGAAUACAUUUAUAUUGGGACUGAUGACUUCAGCUCUAGAUUUGUGAUUAUUUUUGGUCAGAGGUAUUUAGCCUUACAAUCUGGAUAUAUUUGCGUUUAUUUUCCAAUGCCUACGUUUAAUUCCUGGUAAGAGCAGUGCUGGCCAGGUUAUUGGCUCUUCUGCUGUCAUUUAUUAGCCCAUCAAACAAUCUGUGACAUGAAGCUAAAUUGGUGGUGUUUUGCAUACUCGUUUAAUUAACUUACUUUUUUGAGAAAUGAUAGAAAACAAUGUGGUUGUUUCAGUGACACUGAAAAUAAUGGACAAGAACUAAAUUCCACAGUGGAAUUGACUUUGGACUGGGCCUAUAGGUUAGGGACAUAAAGUUUUCUAUUUUCUUCUUUUCCUGUUCUUUUUGUGUUAUGCACUUAAUUUUAUAACUGCCAGGGGUAGGCAGAGUGCUGCUUAACAAGUAACUCUCCUCCUCCUCUCAGUGUCAGAGGCUGUGUUGGACCUAGCAUAGAAUUUUCCAAGCCACACACCCAAGCUUCUGUGGUGGGUCUGAUUCUGAACCUGGGAUGUGUGUGUGUGUCUGUGUGUGUGUGUAUGUGUGUGUGCACGUGUGUGUUGUAUUUUAAAUCAAGCAGUGUAAACACACAUUUGGCUCAUGUAAUGGAGUUUUAUAACAAAGGAAAAAAUUUGGAUUUCUAAUUUACAAAUGGCAAAUUAUUUAACCUUCUCUGGAUGCACCAAAGACCAGUAAAGUUUAUAGCUUUUCCAUCUAUAUUUAUAAAGCAAUACUGUAUUAUAAAAAUCAAUAUUUUUAUCACAUGCUUGAAAUUUUUAUUUUGUUCUGUUUUAAAAUGUGCACUCUAAACAUAUCAGAACCUUAUUUCUUCCUAUGAACUAAGCUGCCUGCGCACACACAAAAAAUUUACCAAAUGGCGAUGCAGUGUAAUAGAGUCCACAGGCUCUUAACAAAC